AUGCAGCUUAUUACUGGGGAAGGGCUUUUGAGUUUACUGCAGCAAGCGUUAGAAGAAGCUACAAUUAAAAGAAUGGACAAAGAUGCAGAAGCAUUAAAGGCAGCCAGAGCAGAACUCUGUGAAGCGAGACGGCAGUGGCACCAUAUGCAGACAGAAAUUGAGUCUCUCCACGCUGUGGAAAAGGGUUUGGAAUGUUCGUUGCGUGCCACAGAGCAGCAGUACCACAUGCAACUACAACAUUUAGAAGCUGAGAUUGAAUGCUUAGAGAAAGAGCUACUGGAAGUGAGAAGAGGUAUUGAGAAACAGCUUCAAGAGCACGAAAUUCUCCUGAACACCAGGAUGAAACUGGAGGAGGAGAUAGCAACAUAUCGCAGUCUGCUUGAGCAGGAAGAGAACAGGUUUCGUUGCUCUGUACCUGACCAGAAAGACGAACAAAAGCCUACCACUAGCAAGAUUGCAUUUACACUGCCUUCAAAUGGUGUAAAGAAGCAUGAAGUUGAGAAGGUGGAACUGAUGACAAAACAAGCAAUUCUAGAUGGAAAUGUUAUGAAGGAAAGCGCUGAAGCUCACGGCACUGUACAGACAGAAAAAGUGGAUGAAGUUAUUAAAGAAUGGGAAGGCUCUUUCUUUAAGGACAACCCUCGCUUAAGGAAAAAAUCAGUUUCAUUGCGCUUUGAUCUCCACCUAGCAGCAACGGAUGAAGGAUGUUUACACACUAAAAAGAAAACUCUUCCCGACAUUGAAGUCAGGCUGGUAAUGAGGAGAUCUUGCAGUAUUCCUUCUAUCAAAUCUUAA